AAAAAAACUCAUAGCUAUGUGCCAUAUACGUAGUCUUCUUAUUCACAAUUCACAAAUCACAAAUCACAAAUCACAAAUCACAAUUCACAAAUCCAACCAUUAACGACCAACGAUCCUUUGUCAAAAACACAUAGUCGAGUUCUAGUCACAACUACGCCUUUCUAGUUUCCCGUUCCAACUUCCAACGCACAUCAUUCCACAACUUUUGUGUGAUGUUCUCCCCAAAAUGAUGUUUUGCCCAAUAGGAUUAUCUCGUAGACUAUUACUCCUAUUAAGCAAAUUCUACUGCUCUUUUGUGAGAUGAUUAUUACUAGUAAUAGUACUAGCAAUUAUUACACUUCUCCUUGUUGUCUGUUGAUGCUGUUCACAUUGACAUUGCAGUAUAAUUCCUGCAUUUGGGUACUUACAAUUUUCAUCAUUCAUCGCAUUUCGCUGAAUUUGGAGAUUUCUUAACCCGUUAGAAAAUGAGUUGGGGUUCCUUCAAGCCAUCAACCAAAAGCAGUGGUGGUUCUGGGGUUUCACAAAACCGGUCAAUUUCAGACAUAAUUGAGUCACUGCAAAGCUCGUUUCUCAAGGAUGAUUAUAGGGCAGCGGUGAAAGAAUUAACAGAUAGGGAAAAUAGAUUGAAGGGAGAGAAAAAGGAAGUAGUGGAUAGAUUGAGGGAGAGGAAUGAUAUUUUGGAGGGGGAGCUUAGAGAAUUGAAGAAGCUCAAGUAUGAGUGUGUGGAAGAGCGGGGAAGAUUGAAGCGGGCUUUUGAUGUAAAUGAAGAUAAAUUGAGAGAUUUGACGAGGGAUUUGAGUGUAGCUAAGGACAAGGAAAAGAUGGCGAUGAAGAGGUAUGAUCGUUUGCACGAUAGUGUUAGAGAGAUGGAGGAGGAGAAGACGAAGUUAAUUUCAGAUUUGUCUUGUGUAUAUGAAACAGUCGAGGAAUUGAAAAAGAGUUUGAGUGAGAAGGAGGGAAAAAUUGAAGAGCUAGUGAUUAAGAAUGAUAAGCUAAUUAAUGGUGAAUUGGAGGAAUUGGAAGGUCUUCGGAAGAAGAAUGCUUGUUUGGAGAAGGAAGUGUUGAAAUUUACUGCAAGUUUGGAAGAACUUAAUAGAAAAGUAGAUGAGAGGAUGGAGGAUUUGGUGAAGAAGAAUGAGAUGGAAAGGAGACAACUUGAAGCUAAAUUUAGGGCUCAACUAGAGGAAUUAGAAGAAACUAAAAGGAAAAAUGCUAUUCUAGAGGAGCAGAAGACGAAAUACGAUGCCAAUAUUAUAGAAUUAAAGAGAGAAGAUGUAGAGAAGGACAAAAGGAUUGAGAAGCUUUCAGAGGACAUUGCACUUAUGAAGAGGGAUAUUAUAGAAUCUAUGGAAGUGCAAGAUAAGAAAAUCGAAGAUUUUGAAAAGAUGAACGAGGCUUUAGAGUCGGAGAAAAGGGAAUUGAUGACAAAGUUGGGGUUGGUUGAAGAGAAGUUCACGAAACUUGGAGAUGUGAUCAGUUGCUUGUGCUUGGAAGUGGGAAGAAAUGAAAAUUUUUCUAGUAGCCAAAUUGGGAAAAUUAUAUCCCAAGUCAUUAAGGUCCUUGAUUCAGAAGAGAUUGGUCCAACUUGCAAAGGGGAAGUGGAGAAAGAUGGAAAUACUCAAGAAGCAGAAUUGGGUUUUGUUUCUCAUGUCAAUGAAACGAACAGCAGUCUGAAGUCGAACAAGCAAUUUUUGGAAGAUGUCAAGAAGAAAUUGGUUUUUGACAGUAAUGAUGUUACUGGUACUGGCAACAAGAGGACUACAUCUGCUGAACCUAUCAUCAUCGACAGUGAUGAUGAUUAUGAGAAUCCUAAUCAUGUCCAUGACGUCAAAAAUAAAAGGCGCUGCCUUAGGGGUUCAAACAAUUGUUACAAUCUCGAUAGUUCUAGUGAUGAUAGCCUGAAGCAAACACUUGAAACCAAGAAACUCAAACCUGCACUUUGUGAAGAAGUCAAGCCAGAACCGUCAGUUACUGCUUUGUUAGCUUCUAGAAGUGACCAUAAAUUUAACAAUCUUUCAAGGCAAACACUUUCAACUAUGAAGAAACGUGAGGAAAUAGAAGUUACUGGGCCAAGACGAUGUAGUUCUUCAAAAUAUGAGAUGAAAAGCAACGAUUGUAAAUCAAAAUAUGGAACCCCGGAAGCUGCUAAAAGUUUGAGCCCGCAACUGGAAGAGUUAAUGAGCACUCUACGACGUAGGAAACAAAACAAAAUUAUCGAAUGUUAUGCAGACAUGGUCUGCGCCUUUGAUAACGAUGAUGACUUAUGUGCCAAGGCAGUAUGUGCGCUGUAUCGGCUGCAUAAUCCUUUGUUUCCUAGUACAGCUGCUUCAGUUUUCCUGGGAAACAACACAUUUCAAAAGUGUGAUUCCAAAAGGGUCACUACCAUUGCCAAAUUUCUAAUAGACGGGGAACCAAACGGUAAAAUGAAAAGGUUGGUGGCUGAUCUGCAGAAGCAUGAUCGCGAAGAGUGCAAACGGCUUGCUGCUAAGUACUCCAAACAGUUGUUUGACAUCUAUAAAAAGAGACAUGAUCCUCUUUUUUCUCCCUCGUCAACUGAUCUACUAUACAAGUCUACAUCUGCAACAGGCCAAGAGUAUGUUGAACACCCUGAUCCGAUCAAGAGGGUUCGUUGGAUCUAACCCGUUAGACUAUUUUCAUUUUCACAAAGCUCAACGUAACCUGACCUAGUUUGUUUGCACCCUUGCGCACGAAAGUAUCAUAGUAAAGUCAACCAAGCCCUUUUGACGUGUAUGAAAACAUAUUUUAUCAUAGGAGGAUACUGUUAAUGGUGAUUUUUGCUCACUGAAUUUCUCGAAAAAUUUCACAUUUUGGAGGGUUUCGUCGGAUGUAAUUAGGUAAUCAUUGUAAAUAGAAUGGAUUAAGGAGUACAGCAAUUAACAAGCAACUUAGUAAAUUGCCAAUGUAGUGCAUCGUUUGGUAAAGAUGAAUUAAUGUUUCAUACAAGGAUAUUUGGCAAAAUAAUUGAUUAAUUUAAUCAUUUAAUAUUUAUUUGAUAAAUUAACUAGUUAAAACAACUUAUUACAAAAAAAUAAGUUAUUUUUGAACACGUUAUUUUUAGCGUGUUUAAAAUCAAUCGGUCAAACCAAUUGAUAAAAAAUUAACUAACCAAAU